UUUGGCAUGUACUAUACAAUAUAAUGCAAUAUAAAUUCAACACAAUUUUUCAACAGUGUAUAUUAUUUGAUAAUUGCAAUUUAAGUUAAUAAUCACAGUUCGGAAGACAGACGGUGAAAGGCAUACGCAUACGAGGAUGCGCAUUCUCACACUUUCAUUUCGUUUUACAAGUGGCGCUCGUUCGGCGCGAUAGAGACGAGGCUCCAGCGGGUUGGAAUAGAAAUUUCCGUAAAUUAAUUUCACGUGCGUCCCUCGAAUUUGCGAGAGAGUGAUACAGUUUCUCCUACCUCGAUUCUCACAUCGUAUAAUUUCUCGGAGCGAACGAACAAUGAUCGAUGGAGUUCAUCGGUCCGCGCUUACCCGCGAGAAGUAAAGUUUGAUAUUAUUUUCAUACGAGAAAAAUAAAUACAAUUAACACAUUAAAAUGUAUGACGCUGGUCAAGCAAUAUUCGCAUGAAAGACGAAAUGUACAGGCGUUUAAAGUCGAUUAAAAUCCAAUUUUACCAAAUAGACUCUCCUGUUUUUCUUCUGUAAUACAUAUUUCGAUGUAGUACCAAACAUUUUCACGCAUCCUUCCUCGAAGAUAUUCGAAAUACAAUUUGAAAAUGGCGCGCUUCCCAUCGCGGUCGAUUCAUCGAUCGACCGCGGAAUUCGAGUGACGGGAAGGGGGGAUGGACAGACGACAGGGAGGGGGAACGACUUGACUCGGGCUCUCGCCGAGUGGGGGCGUUCGCGCAUCCGCCGCGACGACUCAUUCCCGUAAUGGCUGCCGUCAGUGGCGUUGUCAGUGAGUGUGCGGGUCAGUGCGGGUGUCCGUCGCGAGUAGCUGCGUUGCGUCGGGUAGCUGCGUCGUCGCUGGGUCGCGAUUCCGAGAUCUCGCGCGCCGUGCGAGAGAACGGAUCGCGACGGUGGUAAGCGCGCGCGCGCGCGCUCCGUUUCGGCGCGUCGCGGUUUUUUUCACUUCCCCCUCGCGUCGCACCGGCGGCGAUUUAAAAACGAGCGACUGCAUAUUUCGUACACAGUGUUGUGCUCAUACCCCACCAUCUUCCUCCGCUACGUCUCGUCUUCUCCUCCUCCGCCUCCGUCUGUUUACCCGGGACGCGCGACCGCGUCGAGUGUCAGCGACCCCCCGUCCGAAAAUCCUGCGACGGCGCGCUUCCGGUCUGUCUACCUGAUCGUCCGUUCGCGAGACGCGCCGAUGCACACAACGACGGCGUCGGGCGCGGACUGUCUCUCUCUUUUUCUCUCUCGCUCGCCCCCUCGCUGCCGAGAGAUGGUAAACACGUCGUGUGACAGCGUGCGCGAGUGAGAGGAAACGUUUCGACUCGUCCGACCGAAGGCGAGAACCCGGGUCUGCGAGGGAAGGAGCGUCCGAUAGGGCCGCGACCAGCGGGCCCCGAAUUCUUCCUCACGUGGUUCAAGGUCGUCUAAAAACGUCCGGACGUCACGAGUGCUUGCUUGCUUACUUGCGUCUGUGCGUGCGUGCGUGCGUGCGCGACGCGAGACGACGCCGCGCGAGAGAGCUGUCAGUCGUCGCCGAGACUCUUCCCCGGCCCUUCCACAUCCCGGAAUAUCGAGGCUCACCAGUCAUCGGGGACUCGUCGGACAGUCUCCUCGAGCGACGACGACGACGUCCGCUAAAACCCGAUGUACCGAAGAUCUGAGUCAGCCCACGAGGAGUCGUCCGCUGGCGACGAGGGGAGAAUCGUGCCAAGUUCCGGUACCGCGCUCUUCCUACGUUUCGUUUCGAAUCUGUGACGUUAUCCUAGGCCGCCCUACGGGGAUAGCGUCCGUUUGUGACCCACCGACUGUGAUUUCAACGCGUGACGCCACUGCCAAAAAGGAAACAAAUUAGCGUCGAUCGCGAACUUGCGACUUCGUCUCCGCUUCCUACGCCUUCCAAUCUGUUCGUCGAAGACGAGUGUGUCUUCCACGUUGUACCAGAAACGCACGAUACGAUUUUUGCCGUCGUUCUGCUUCGACAUACCUAUGUCUUCCUACGAGUUCCAAUGCCCCUGACCGGCGAAGCAAAAGCACCUUUGACUUCCUUGAAUUUCUUUUGAAGUACGCUUGGAGCAUACGAGGGAAGAACAGACGAUCAAGACAUUGCGAUAUCGAGUGCUCCGAGAAUGUUCCUUGACCAAGUCGUGAAAGCGAUUCGUUGACUGUAUCACGUUAUCCGCAUUCGACGGCAAACACCGCAAAACGGAGGUGCCUCGCCAUCGGCCGAACGGAUUCGAAACAUCAUCGUUCGAGCAGCCACCUGUUCGGGCAGCAUCUUUACAAAGAAGCAUUUUAUUCGUUCGCCACGGGAUUACGAUAGGACGACGCCGUGACGACCGUCGAGAGGCGCAUCAUCGAGCCGGCCGCGUGUGAUGCGGCGCACGCAAGGCUGCUGCUGCUAUCGUCGUUGUCGUCUCGCCGCGUCUGCUUGCGCGACCGCCUCGUCGCAAUAACGGCGAAGAUGUUCGGGAAAGUGCCGCCAUCGAACACGCCGGAUCCGCCUAAUAAUAACGGCGGCCAAGCGUCAGCCAAGUCGUGCACCAGGCCGACGACGACAGGCACGGCGUCGUGUCUGCCGUGCUUCUCGGUGGAGGAGACGCCGACAGUGAGCGCCGACGACAAGGUGAGACCUUGGCGAUCGACGAAGGACAUCGCCGACGAUUCGUCCACCAUGAUCUCCGAGGCACCCAGUAAUUCUUUGCAACCACUCACCAGCUUGAUGGACGAUACUUUAGUCGCGGUGGAGAUCCCUAGACCCUGCAGGACGACCGAUGAAACAACGACGACCUGCGCGCCCGUUUGUUCCAAGACUCCAAUCAAGUAUUCGCCCAAAGAAGGAUCGUUGCAGGUCGGCAGGAAUCACAACGCGAUGCAAAAGUGUCCUCCCGGUCAAAACUGCUCGAAGACCGGUGUCGGCAGAUCGCGACGACCGCAGUCUGCCUCGACCGCGAGAAAUCUCAACGUCGAGUCGUGCGCGAGAGACUAUACGAAAACCGUAAAAAAGAUUAUUGCCGUUAAUCGAGAGUCCGCGAGCAGCGGCAAGGAGCAUCAGACGACGUGUAACGAACAGCAGUCCAAGUGCUUACAGGGCUACGCCUCGAGUACGCUUGCUGCCAAAUUAUCCUCCGAGAUGAUCCACCACAUAUCGCUGCCGGGCGGAAAGAGGUCCAGUAACGAGGACCUCUUGACGGACCCGUGCGCGAAUUAUUUCCCAACGUCGAAUGGCGCGCCUAGCGUGCCGGUUGUGAGCGAGCAGUUGCACGCGCACCAGAAACCGGCGAUCGAUGUUAAAGACGGCGCCGGCGAUUCCGCGAUCACCACCGCGUCCUGCGAGAAUGACAUCUGCGACAACGAUUUCGCCACCUCGACGCCGUCCAAGGACUGGACGUUGAGGAGGGUCAGCGACGCGUUGCAGCAGAGCUGCGCGUCCUGGCUGCCGCAGGAUCUGCCCACGGAACUGCAGUCGUCCACCUCGCCGAGGAGCUACAAGGAGCUCAAGGAGAAGUGUCGCGAGUCUCUUUGGCGGCCCACGGAGAUGGAGAGUGGUGCGGUGCACGGAUUGACGGUGUGCUCGGGCGAGACGUUUCAAGAUUCGGGUUCGAAGAGGCGCACCGGGGCGUCCUGUCAGGCACUCAGGCACGCCGUCGCCUCGUUGAACCGCCUGGACGACUUCUACAUGGAGAAGAUCGGCGCGGGCUUCUUCUCGGAGGUUUGCUUCUUCUCGGAGGUUUACAAGGUUACUCACAAAGUGACGAGUCAGGUGAUGGUGCUCAAGAUGAAUCAGCUGGCGGCGAACAGGCCGAAUAUGCUCAAGGAAGUCCAGCUAAUGAACAAGCUCAGCCAUCCAAACAUACUCAGGUUCAUGGGAGUGUGCGUGCACGAGGGUCAGCUGCACGCGUUGACGGAGUACAUUAACGGCGGCAGCCUGGAACAGCUGAUCAUGUCGCGGCAUACACCGUUACCGCACCUCGUCCGGAUGAAUCUGGCGAAGGACGUGGCGCGCGGUAUGGCCUAUCUCCAUAGCCGCGGUAUCUUCCAUCGCGAUCUCACGUCGAAGAACGUGCUGAUCAAGAAAGAUGAGUGCAGCAACGAGAUGACCGCGGUGGUGGGCGACUUCGGAUUGGCCGCGAAGAUACCCGAUCCCAGUACAGGCUACCGGCUCAGCACUGUCGGCAGCCCUUACUGGAUGUCGCCCGAGUGCCUCAAGGGCCAGUGGUACGACCACAAGUCCGACGUAUUCUCCUUCGGCAUCGUCGUGUGCGAGCUGAUCGGCCGGGUGCCGGCGGAUCCGGACGUUCUACCACGCUCAGAUAACUUUGGCCUCGAUUACCUGGCCGUGGCGGAGAUCUGCGCGGUCGCUGAUCCGCCGCCCGCCUUCCUCCAACUCGCCUUCAAUUGCUGCACGUACGAACCCAAGUCCAGGCCAACCUUUCCGGAAAUCACGACUAGCCUGGAGACUAUGAUAGCGGCUUUCGAAGAGGAGCUGAAGAACAACAUUGGCAAACGACAGUCGACCGUCGAUCCAACGCUAAUGUCCAGCAUGGACGAGAUCGCGCGAGAAGGACGUACGACGAAGCGACGUACUGCGAAGCUCAGAAGCCAAUCGGCGGACGCGAGAGGUUGCGAUAACGCGACGCCCUCGGAUAAGGCGAGAUGUCAUUCCGCCAGGCGAGUAGCUGAGCUGGCCAGCCGCCGCGAUCCGCAUUACCGGCCGAUGACGGCGAAUCCAUUUCACGCAUUGGGCGGCGUCAAGAAGAUCCUCGGUGACUUAUUCUCCAGCUGCUUGGAGCUGCCCUCGUUGGAGGACGUGCGACCAAGCGUCACCGAUAGCGCGUGCGGCAAGUUCAAACCGGCGCAAAACGAUAGUAUUGCCAAGAUUCUGGACAGAAAGAAACCAAAUUCCGAACCGAGCAGUCCUACUGCCAGAAAGAAGUGGGAGAGAAAGGUCGCUACCAAAGUGGGCGCCGCGAGCCUCUUCGCACACCCACUCUUCCGAGAUGGUUGGGAGCCGCGGAGACGCGGUAGCUGCGAAUCAGGCUUUUGGAGCUGCGUCGGCGAGGACCUGAGUCCAGAGCCCCCAAACCGACGGCACACGUCGACGCUCAGUAGUUCGGCGGCAAGCAGUCUGUUCCUCCUGGACGACCAUCGGACCAGUUCGAUCUACACGGACUCUUCCGAGGACAUUGCCAGCUUAGGUGGCGGCGAUUCCUGUUGGGAAGAACGACUGAAUGGCAUCGGCUCGUCGAACAAGACUAUCUCGAAGAUCGUCGAGUACUUUGAGAGAAAACAAGCAGGUAGACUCGGUGAUCACGGUGACUCUGCUGGUCCGAGCCGUCUAACCCUGCUGCGAGCCAGUCUAGAAGGGCCCGUACCUAUCAGCAGCAUUUCGGCCGCGCAACGGCUAGUCGUGUGCGAAGGUGCCGUGCGCAGUAAACUUGCGUUAUUCGACAAAAAGUGAUAUUACGCAUGAGGCUUUUGGCAAUUUCUUGUCGUUUCCCUUCGACGAUCAAGUAGCGCCGGCUUAAAAAGAAACCAUAUGCAAUGACACAGGUCUCGAGAAGAGGAUUUGAGGCUCGUCAUCAUACGCGGUGACGAUGAGAAUUCUGAGACGUUAGGCGAUAAUUAGCGUAUUUCUUACGUGUAAUUGAGAAUGAAGACCAAGACGAUUACGUUACGUUAAAGAUCGGUCUUAUUGCGCAUAAAAGAUUAACAUGGGUGGUAAGGGCGAUUAUAUGAUACCGACGUGUUAUUCGUGACUUGUAAACAGGAUAGUUGAUAACACGCGUGCGGCGUGAUUACAGACAUUUCUCUAAAAACCUAGUAACCUGACUGUGAUGUUUUUUGAUAAUCUACAUACAUACAUUAUUGAGCUGUACGACUGAAAUUUGGCGAAGCCAUCAACAUAGAAUCUUUUAUAUGCAACACGAGCCGCGUUUCAUACAAUUUGGCUACAACGAUACGCCGUUCGGAAAAGAGAGAGAGAAAGGGAAGGAGGGAAAAAUGAAGCAAUAGCGAAUUUAGAAAACUGCGUUUGAGAUUAGUGCCGAAUGUAGCGCUAAUCAAUUGCUCGCGAUCGACAUACAUUUGCAGUGCCUCGCAGUUCCUAGUAGCCAUCUCCGUCCUUAUGCACACGAACCAUGGGUACUACCGAUCAUCGUAAGGGUAGCUAUACAGAUCGACGACGAAUAAGGGCGUAUGAUUUCUUUUAUCUAAAUCGAAUAGGCGGAUUGCCAGGCCAAAGGUUCUUAUCUCGCCGUUCUUAAUUUUAAUUGAUACGGUUGGCUUUGCCGGAUUGUUCGCGUUCUUUUCUUUGUUAUAACGUGUUAUUAAUAGCCCUAUCAAUUUUUAAUUUUUAUUUUUGUGUCUAAGGGUUCGCUGACCUGUUACUACAGUUAUAGAUUUAUUUUUGUUGCGUACAUUAAAAUGAAUUGAAUUUUAUGAAGUUGAAUUCUAUUUAUAUUUAAUACAAUUUUGAAAUUUUCUUUUUUUUGUUAAUAAAUAAUAAAUCUUAAUUAACGUCACAAAAAAUUUAUGAAUAUGAAUCAUGUAUAAAUUGAAAUAUAUAUAUAUUUUUUUUUAUUUGGCAAGAAAACUUAAUUUGUUAUAAUUUAUUCUAUUGAAUUAGAUCGUGACACAGGUUUAUUAUAUAUAAUUCAAGAGAGAAAUUAGUAUAACUCUUUUUAAUGCCGUUACCUAGUAUGCUGCAGUGAGAGGUCAGGAGAAGGCCCUUAAGUUUCACAUUUAUAGAGGCCUACGUCGCGUUCGCGAGAUACUUAUUUUGUCUUUGACGUAUCGACGUCGACGCCGUACAAGAUUCCUCGACGUUGCUACGUAUUUUCUCAGCGAUUCGCAGUUUCGCGUGUCGUGGCGCAUUAAGACCUCGGGAUGCGCGAUACAAAGUGCCGAAGACAUAAUGAUAAUGCAUAUAUACAUAUAUUUUUUUGUUGGCAGAGGUACACCGUGUCCUGGAUAUUCUUGUUGAAGUGUUGCGCGUAGCCGAGAGAGUUUGUCCACUUUGAAAAGAGAGAAUAUAUGAAACUGAUCUAGUCAGUGUAUUAAUGUGGCGGCCUUAUCUUUUGUACAUUGUAGCGCUAAAACUUGUAGUAUUUAAGAUUGAAAUGGCGAGCGUGAAAUAAGCGCGAAAUGAAACCGAGCAUCCCGGUUGCGCGCGGUAUUCUUCUCCCCCGUUUUGUUUGAACGUCGGUAUAUUUAUAUAAUGGAGAAGUAAGAAUGAGAGUGAACGUGUAAGGCAGGGUGUGUGAAUGAGAGAAGGUGCGCCGCGGGGGUGUAUGUGUGUGCGUAUGUGUAUGUGUGCGUUACCAGAAAGAAAGUGUACACGUCCAAAAAACGAUAUCUAUGUAGGUAGCUACGACUUUCGCAUAUAUAACGUGAAUCGUUUUGUCGCUCAGACGAAAGCGAGUCGAACCAAAUCUACGAUUGUAGAGUGAUAGACUAAUGUGACGAUACCUUUUUACUUGUCGAAGUUCGCUCACGGGUUUACUCCAUAAGACUGUGCGUUUGUUAUGUAAUAGGUCGUAUGUAAAUAGAAAAGCUCGAAAUCGCGUCAACGAUAUUCGCAGUCUCUUCUUCCUCGUGUACAAUAGGAUGCGCGCCGUGUGUCUUUCCUUUGCGUUUCUUUGUUUAAUACUUUUUUCUGUUUUAAUUUUCGCUCGUGUCGAAUCGGGGCCUCCUUUUUUGUCCUCGAUGCGUCAAUCGGUACCUGAACAAUCGAAGCGAAGAAAAGACUGCGAACGAGUUAGUUCUUAAGCGUGCGGACAUAUCAGGAAUAUGGGCAUAUCCUGAAGUUCAACCUGAUCGAUAAAGGGCAAUAAAUGCGUGGUUUGCGGGAGUAACGGAGUUACGGGAUACAUGUUGCGUGCGCAAGAUCGCGUGAGUGAGGAAGAGGGAAAGAGAGAAAAAAAAAAUGAGAGCAAAGUUAGCGAACCGAGAGGCGCAUUUUAAAAAAAGAAAGAUAUGGGUUAUUUAUUUUAAGUAAAAACAGUUAUAUUAAAGAUUAUAUAUCUAUAUAUAAAUUUA